AUGCCUGCUAUAGUCAUAACUGCACUCUCAGACCCGGUCGCAAUCGUCCAUAUACCCAUAUCGCCAAGUGAAGUGUACACUACCAAGAUAUAUUGGACUAUCGAUAGAUCUUCGGUCGAAUCUGCUGAGUUCUUCAACAUAACAUCGAACCGAAUUGAGAUGGCAAUCUUCGGCUCGCUCGAUCUGAUAUCCCUUGAAUGGUCAGAUAUCAGUGAACGGGAGAAAGGUGACAUACUAAUAUCGACAAGUUGGAGGGUUUUUGAGAUAUCCAGUGGAGAUCAAGAUGAAAUUGGGAAUUAUGACUCGCCUCAUCUACGUCACGUCUCUGCUCCACUGGCCAAAGCAGGUAUAUCCAUCUUGUACCAAUCUAGCUAUUUCACCGAUUUCCUAUUGGUGAAAGAGAGUGACUUUGAAAAAGCUAGAAACAUAUUUACUCAUCAAGGGUGGCAAAUUGAUCCGUCCUCUACCCCUUCACCCAGACGACGUUCCCUAAUAUCACCCCUCACUCCCUCUCGACCUUCUUUCCCAUCAUGUUCAACUUCCCCAUCACCAGCCAGAUCAACCUCAUCCAUCACACCUGAAAUCACCGUCUUACCUUCUCCACUAGCUUGUAUAGGGUUCUCUAAAUCCGCCGAAAAUAAAUUCUCGGAGAGGGUUAGGAAAUUCCUCGUUUGGCCUGAAAGAUGUUAUGCUCCUCGACCCCUAAUCGAUGACGAUGAUGAUGACUUGGAUGGGACUACCGAUGGGUGUUCACUGCCACUGCCUAGGGGAAGACCGUUUAUUAGUUAUACGAAAAAUGAAGAUGGAUCAAGUCUGGUCACUGAGAUUGAAGUAUUGAAACAUAUAUUUACGAAUGAUAAUGGUGAAGAAGAUGGAGAGGAAUAUGGUAAAUCCAGUGAAUUAAUCAGAUCGGAUCAAGAAGAACUCUUCUUUCAAGAUCAUGAGGAUCCCCAGGAGGACGAGGAAUAUCAUUCGAUAUCAGAUGAUUCCACGAGUUAUCAUUCAUCGGAUGAAACAUCUCAUCACCCACCAGGAGAAGAGACCACACGUAGAUUUAAUGGACAGACAUUCACUCCUCCACCUGAUACACCCUGCCCGUUAGAAUAUAGUUUACCACCCACACCAUACGAUAGAAGAUCUUUCGACGUAUCUCACAAUAUCAAUGACGAGGCGAAUCACGAGCAUGGGCAUGAUUGUGAUGAUGGAAAAUCUGAUUAUUCAGUCGGAGAAGUACCUAUCAAAUGGUUAGCAGGGAAGGAACCUAGUGGCAAUAGCAGUGGAAAUACGGGAGGUAGGAAACGGUGCUUGCAGUUAGACUUGAGAGGGAUAGGUGAUUUUGAUCUUGCUGAUAACGAAGAGAAGGGUGCCUAUCAUCUGGAUAAAUCGGGAUUGGUCACUCGAUUUUCAGAAUUACUAUCAUCCUCGUCGACGAAUGGCGCUCGAAAUGGAAGUCGAUCCCGGCCUAUUAGAAUGUUAUAUUCCUCCACUUUCCAUACUGCCAAUCUCUUAGUGGAAGCUAGGGACGUCAAGCGAGCUAAGAGAUUGUUGGAGAGGAGAAGAAGAUCAGUUGAAUGGAAUGGAUCGAAUUUCCAAUCGCUUAACUAUGAGGGCCGCCCGGAUCGUAGGCUAUAA